GGAACGCACCGACUGGCACAACAAACUCUUGCCUGACUGCUUAGCUACUGUAGCCUGAUACUUUUUACCGAAAAACAAAAACAAUGAAAUUACUAACUUAGACAAAAUACAUAUUUAGUUUCCUGGACAAAAUGACGUGUAGAAAUAUCGAUCCUUUGUCACUUGAUGAGACCAUUGAUGAAGGGAAAGAGGAGACCGAUGUGGAGAAGAGAAGAUCCUCGGUGUGGGAACAUCAGGAGCUUGCCCAGAUUCCCAUCAAGGUGCUGAGGGGUCACACAGACGCUGUCACCAGCUGUCACUUCUGCUUUGACGACACCAAAGUCCUGACCAGCUCCCACGACAAGACGGCCACUCUAUGGGACACAGAGAGUGGUGCCGCUCUGUCGGUGUUUAAGAGAGGACAUCUGUCGAACGUCUCUGAGUGUGCCUUGAUUCCUGACAAGAAAAGGCUGAUUACUGCGUCAUGGGACAAGACCCUAAAUGCAUGGGACCUGGAGACUGGCAAGAUCAUUUGGACUGCAGCUCAGGGUGGUCUCCUGACGUCAUGUAGCGUCUCGGAGGACGGGAAGUACGUCGUCUCCUCCUCAGACCUGGAGAACGCAAUCUGCCUGACCUCAGCUGAUACAGGGGAGAGGCUCUUCCACGUCAAAGAUCAUCACAAGUCUACGAUCACGCGGUGCCGGUUUGACCCUCAGAGUCAGCACGUAGCCAGUGUCUCUGAAGACAGAACCAUCAAACUGUGGGACCUGGUCUCCACCCAAACCACCCUCUCCAUCAACAGCACCCACCUCAACGUCAUCUCUAACUGCUGUUUCACUGCUAACGGACGCUACUUGUGCACUGCAUCAUGGGACAAGACGCUGCAGCUGUGGGACGUCCAGACAGGAACGUUCCGUUCCCACGGUGGCCUGACCCUUAGCAAGGGACACGACGGGUCUGUCAGCUCCUGCGCCUUCUCCAUGGAUGGGUCGGUCCUGGUGUCUGGGGCGUAUGAUAGAACAGUGGCUGUGUGGAACAUGGAGACCCUCUGCAAGACCCUGGAGUUGAAGGGACAUGCGGAUUGGGUGACAGAUGUGGCAAUCAGUGCUGAGAAAAAAUGGGUGGCCUCCGCUUCCAAGGACACCACUGUCAGGUUGUGGAAUAUGGAACACUCUGAAGAGAUACCUGCUGUUAUUGAGACCAGGAAGGCUCAGGGAAUGGGCUAUCACAUCCUCCAGUGUGAGGAGUGUGGAAAGGCUUUCUCCAUUUCCCGACUGGAGAACUCAGACUUGGUCACAAAGUGUGUGUUCUGCCGAUUGAAGACAGAAACCAGAUCCCAUCUUCAACCUCCUCCUCUGUUGUCCAGUGUUCUGCCGAUUGAAGACAGAAACCAGAUCCCAUCUACAACCUCCUCCUCUGUUGUCUAGUGUUCUGCCUUAUUGAAGACAGAAACCAGAUCCCAUCUACAACCUCCUCCUCUGUUAACUAGUGCUCUGCCUUAUUGAAGACAGAAACCAGAUCCUAUCUACAACCCCUCCUCCUCUGUUGUCUAGUGUUCUGCCUUAUUGAAGACAGAAACCAGAUCCCAUCUACAACCUCCUCCUCUGUUGUCUAGGAAUUGAAUGUAUUAUUUCCUAAUGCUUGUACGUUACUGUAUAUAACUUAAGUCCUGUGUUUAUUGAGUACCGUAUCCUGUUAAAACUGUAUUUGAUAAUUGAUUUUGUCAUAAAAUAACUAAAGUAUCAGUGCAUUGCUGUGCUACGAGACAUUCUAGGUUCGAGUCCGGGGCCUGGGGACCCAUGGGGCGGCGCACAAUUGGCCCAGCGUCGUCCGGGUCCGGGGAGGGUUUGACCGGCAGGGAUGUCCUUGUCCCAUCGUGCAUUAGCGACUCCUGCGGCGGGCCGGGCGCAGUCUUCGCAUGACACGGUAGCCAGGUGUGCGGUGUUUCCUUCUGACACGUUGGUGAGGCUGGCUUCCGGGUUAAGUGGGCGUUGUGUCAAGAAGCAGUGUGGCUUGGGUUGGGGUCGUGUUUCAGAGGACACACGGCUCUCGACCUUCGCCUCUCCUGAGUCCGUACGGGAGUUGCAACGAUGGGACAAGACUGUAACUACCAAUUGGAUACCACGAAAAAGGGGUAAAAAAAAGAAUAAUAAAAUAAAAUAGAAAAUAACUAAAGAUUCUAUCUAUUGUGAGUCUUUCUCUGUGGUGAACACACACCUGGAGUCUAGGACAGCUAUGGUAGAGAACACACCUGGAGUCUAGGACAGCUAUGGUAGAGAAUACACCUGGAGUCUAGGAGAGCUAUGGUAGAGAACACACCUGGAGUCUAGGACAGCUAUGGUAGAGAACACACCUGGAGUCUAGGACAGCUAUGGUAGAGAACACACCUGGAGUCUAGGACAGCUAUGGUAGAGAACACACCUGGAGUCUAGGACAGCUAUGGCUGUAGAAACAUGAGACCCUAAAACAUUUGGUCUCGCUGUAGAGACAUGAGACCCUAAAACCUUUGGUCUCGCUGUAGAAACAUGAGACCCCAAAACCUUUGGCCUCGCUGUAGAGACAUGAGACCCCAAAACCUUUGGCCUCACUGUAGAAACAUGAGACCCCAAAACCUUUGGUCUCGCUGUAGAAACAUGAGACCCUAAAACCUUUGGUCUCCCUGUAGAAACAUGAGACCCCAAAACCUUUGCUUAUUGAACUGCAAAGGAGAGAAAUUCCUAAAAGUCACAAUGAACAGAAGAGGAAACCAAGUCCACUGGUGGAACCCUGCUGCUAAUAUAGGGGCUGGCCCAGCAGGACCACUGGUAGAACCCUGCUGCUAAUAUAGGGGCUGGCCCAGCAGGACCACUGGUAGAACCCUGCUGUUAAUAUAGGGGCUGGUCCAGCAGGACCACUGGUAGAACCCUGCUGUUAAUAUAGGGGCUGUCACAGGAUCCAACGAAAGUGGCGCCCCUCCUCGGUAGUACCACAUCGGGCCAU